AUGCCGCUGGUGGAGCGCACCACCAACGCGCUGGUGACGAAGGAUGACGGUGCCCUGGAAGAGGUCAAGAAGGCUUUGAUCCAGGUGCACCAACAAUACGACCAAGUCCACGAGGAGGCAGAGACAAAGCAAGCGCGGCUGAACCGCCUCAGGGAGGAGAUCCGCACAGCAGAUCAGCAGCACUUUAACAAAGGUGACUGGAGCAAAAAGAUGGACGAGACCUGGAAGGCUUUGAAGACGCAGGACGCGCACGUCGACAAGAAGAAGGAGGAGUCAGAGACAAGCCGCAAGGUCUACGAGCACAUGCUGAAGCGCACCCAGCGGGAACAGGCGAUUCUGAAGCAGAAGCUCUUUCAGAUGCAGGAGCACUUGGAGAGAAAGAAGCGUGAGCUCCAGCAGAAGCGCACUGAGUGCGAGCAAGCCAGGUGCGCCAAGGUGCAGAUCCACCAGACUUUGGAAUCCUAUAGCGAGGAGGCCACAAUGGAGCGAGACGUGUGCAAGUCCGCCCUGGAAGCCAUCAAUGGAGAGCUCGAGAAGCGGAAGGAGGCCAACGGAAGGCGGGCUGAUUUCGACAGCUGGCGCCACGAGGUGGCGCUGGACGCGGCCAACGAGGCCUUCAACGCCUCCGCAGGGCGGCUCCGGAAGCUCUACGCCAUCGAGAAGCUCUCAGGGAACUUUCUGCAGAAGACGACCUUUGAGCAGGUGGAGCGCUCCCAAACCACCGAAGACAACUUUCAGAAGAUUCGGGAUGUCACCGGCUUGGCAGAUGUCAUGGAUAUUGUGCACAAGUUCCUGAACCGGGAUCUCGAGCAGGAGCAGCUCAAGGCUUCUGUCAAGGAGGCCGAGGUGCAGCUAGAGGUCUUGCGGCAGAAGCAUGAGAAACUGAAGAAGGAGAUGGAAGGUCUGCCGGUGGACAACAUGAACGACCCCAUGGCACUGAACAAGGACCUGGAGCAAGCGGAGCACAAGCUCAACGAAGCUAUUGAGGAGCAGGAGGCUUGCAGGGUGCGGCUGCAGAAGACGACCCUCCAGUCCGAGCACAUGAAGCGCUGGGCGGCCCGGAUGGGCGCGGUCCUGUCCAAGUUCGAGGAGCCGGUGAAGGUCGAUUCACCUGCAGACCUGCCAGUUUUCUUCCGGAAGAUGGAAGCGGCAGUCAGGAAGUUUAUCAAGAAGGUUUCGGAACAGAUCAGCGCCGGCAAGAUCAACCGCAAGACCUUCAGAGACUUCGAGAAGGUGGAGAAUGAGGAGCAGAAGAACCUUCUCAACAACCACGGAUUCCUGAAGGACAACUGCCGGGCGCAGGCCAAUGACCAAGGCGCAGCUUGCCGGCCAUCUAGGGUCUCAUUCAACCCCAUGUCGCUCGGAAUGCUCUGA